GAGACCGGUGUUCAGAAACAGCUGAUCGUGCGCGGCAGAGCAUCUCAGUCCGCAAUGUCAUCCGAAGAGCUCGCACGGAAGAUGCAGCGCGGGCUGGACGCCGAGCAGCGUGACCCCAAACCCGGCUCACCGGAGCAGACAGAACCGCCGCCUCCGGAGAAACCCAGCACGGCUUCCGUGAACGGCGACGCCAGCUCUGAACUGACGGAGAAACUCAACCGCAGACUGGACAUCCAUGACGGCACGGCGAAACCCAAGCAGAUGAAGGUGUUCAACCCCUACACCGAGUUUAAAGAGUUCUCGCGCAAACAGAUCAAAGACAUGGAGAAAAUGUUCAAGAGAUUUGACUCUGGCAAAGACGGCUUCAUUGAUCUGAUGGAGCUGAAGCUGAUGAUGGAGAAGCUCGGAGCUCCACAGACUCAUCUAGGCUUGAAGGACAUGAUCAAGGAGGUGGAUGAAGAUUAUGACGGAAAACUCAGUUACAGAGAGUUCCUGCUGAUCUUCCGGAGGGCCGCCGCAGGUGAGCUUCAGGAAGAGAGCGGCCUGAUGGCUCUGGCUCGACUCUCAGAGAUCGACGUCUCCACCGAAGGCGUUCUCGGAGCCAGGGAUUUCUUUGAGGCAAAGGUUCAGGCUCUGUCUGUGCGCAGUAAGUUUGAAGCAGAGAUACGAGAAGAACAAGAAGAGAAGAAGAGGAUGGAGCUGGAAAGGAAACAACGGCGUGCUGCGUUUAAAGAGCUGCAGUCUACGUUCUGCUCCUAAAGCCAGUUCAGCAGCUCUGUACCUUUUAGAAAACACAGUUUACUUGCACGCACACACACAUUGCUUCUCAAACCUCACACGUAUGUGUAAUCAAACCCGCAGCUCAACACUGAACAAGUAGCAUUAGCGUUAUUAGCCACUUACAGCUAAAAGAUGCAUGAGGAUUUAGUUUGGCGGGUGACGGCUGUGGAGAAGACGAGAUGACGCGAGUGAAAUUUCAGGAGGCUUCUAAUGUAGGACUUAAAGCCUGAUAGACUAGAUUGUGCUUCUAUUUUAAUCUAAGCAGCUAUAUAUUUUUAGAAACAACUACGUUUAUUGUAAAGUUAUUCAGUGUUAAUCGUAAAUUUAAAUACGUGUAAGGUUGGUGUCGUGGACUAAAUAUUGAUUAUGACCAACUGAGAGAAAACAAACCAUGGAAACGGUGGGUCAAGAAAUAUUUUAUUUUUUAUAGAUUAAAGUCAUGCAUCGUGUUCCGUUUUCUUUUUUUGUUAACUUUUUUUUCUACAUAUUUGCUAAAUAUUGUUGUUAAUUUUAGUUUCAUUGUAUUUAAUCAGAUGUUCUUAAAAUCUGCUUGUAACUCUAGUGUUUUGCCAAUUGCAUAAAGUCCAUUAAAUCACUGUAUUUUUCAAAAAAUA